AUGUAUAUGUAUUGCAUUCUUUUCGUUGUAUUAUUUAUUUUAACUUUUGCACCAUUAUCACAAUCUAGUGCUUCUCUUCUUCCUAUAUACAAUCCAUCAACUCAUUGUCAUCAUUUGACUCUUACUGAUGAAAAUUUAACUUUUGCUAUUUGUCUUCAACGUGCACCAGAUAAACAAUAUCCAUUUAAUCUUUAUACAUCAUCAUCAUUUUGUUCAAAAUCUUAUCCACCAGAUGGUCAUCUAGUUGAUCUAUUGUCUUUAUCUUCAUCAACAAUUGAUUUACUUUUUCAAAGUUUAACAAAUCUUCUAAAUACAAAUGAUCCUCAUAUUGUUUUACCUGAACCAAAUUUUUUUUGGAUAAAUUCAAGAAAAAAUGAAUCUGAAAAAUUUAUAAUAUUAAAAACAAAUUGUCAAUAUAAUAAUGAUAGUAAACCAUGUAUUAAAACAAAAGCUACGCAUUGGAAUCGUGCUCCAUUUAUUUGUUUAACAAAACAAAUAAUAAAACAAGAAAAACAAAUAACAACAGAACCUAUUCAUAUUUCACCAAUUUAUUCAAAUGAUACAAUUCUUUUCUAUGAUUCAACAUCGUGUAUAGUUGUUCGUACACGUACACAUCAAUAUACAUUUUGUAUUCGUCGUCAAACAUGUCCACAAUCUAAGACACAUGCAUAUUGUACAAAUAGAUUUGAUGCACAACGUAUAUGUGAAAAAGAAAAAAAUGGUUCAAAAUUAUUAACAAUAGAAAAUGAUGAAGAAUUUCGACUUAUAGAUGAUGUUCUAUAUCGAUAUUCAAAUGAAUCAAUACUUAUUAAUUCCGGUGAUUUUGUCGAUAAAAAUAUUUUGCGUGCACAAUGGCUAUGGAUUGAUGGAAAAAAAGGUGUUGAUAAUACUUAUCGAUGGAAUAUAAAUGAUAAAAUUUUUACAGAAAUUCCAGAUAAAUAUUGGUGUAAUGAUACAGCUAAUUGUUCAAGUAAAAAAGGAAGUAGUCAUGUUGUUUUAAGUAUAAUUUGUCCACCGAACAAUAGAACUUUACAAGCUUGUGUAGCACCUAGAACAUCAUCACAUCCAGGACCAUAUAUAUGUAAACGAACAUUGAAAGAGAACGAAGAAUCAAUUUUAAACUAUAAUUAUCUUCGAGAUUUAAUUAUUCCUAUUACAACAACAACAACACCUAUUCCUGUUGUACCAGUUUAUGAAAAAAAUUUAACAUCAAUCUAUUAUGAUGAACAUCAUUGUUUAACUGUUCAAACUCAUUCUCAUCUAUAUUCAUUUUGUUUACGUCGACAAAAUUGUACAGCACGAAAAGCUUAUUGUACAAAAUGGAGUCAAGCUCGAAGAGAUUGUAUAAUAUUAAAAAAUCGAGCACAAUUAUUAACUAUUGAAAAUGUACAAGAAAGAAAAUUAAUUACUGAUAUAAUGAAAGAUUAUUUAAAUGAAACACGUUUAACAUUUAAUGGAAGUACAUAUCGUUAUUAUGAAUUAGCAGAUUUUAUAUGGAUUGAUGGAGUUCGACAAGCUAACAACAAAACAUAUUUAUGGAAUAAUGAACGUGAUUCGAUACCGAAACAUUUAUGGUGUCCGAGAAAAUAUUGCACUUCAAUGAAACGUGAACGUGUUAUGUUGAAUUUAUUAUGUAAGAAAAAUAAUUCAUUACUUUGUUUGGGUACACGUAUUGAAUGGCAUCCAGCACCAUAUAUUUGUAAACGUGUACGACCUAAAGAUGAAUGUCCAAUAUUAUUUGAUAAAAUUCGUAAUAUAGAAUUGAAUGAAAUGUUAAUUGUGACAGUCAAUCGAACAGUAGCAUUCAUUAUAUGUAAACAUCCAGAGUAUAAUACAGAAAUAAAAGUACAAUAUCAAUGUGAUAUUCAAACAAAACAAUGGAAAUUAAUCUAUGAAAAUGACAAUUUUACUUGUCCUAAUUAUGAUAUUCUUUCGAUACCUGCGUCAAUUAUUGAGUCCCAAUCAUCUCAAACAACCUAUAAUUCAACAUCAACCCAAGCAUCAUAUACAAAACCGAGUACUUUAUCAUAUUCAAGACAGAGUUCUUUAUUAUAUCCAGUACAGAGUACAUUAAGUACAAUAAAAGAAAAUGAUUGUUCAAAAUGGGAACUUUCAUUAAUUAUAAAUCGUUUACCAACUGAAUCUCGUAAUAUCUUUUCACAGAAAUUAACAUAUCAUUUAUCAUCAUAUUAUGAUAUGAAAUUAACAUGUUAUUUUAAUCAUUCAAUACAAAUAACUUAUCGAUGUAAUUUAUUAACUAAACAAUGGAUCUAUGUUUAUGGUAUAUCAAAUCGUUUUCAAAAAUGUUAUCAAUCAUGUAGUAAAAAUGAACGAAAUGAAUUAUUAAAUAAAUAUUUUACACAAUAUCAACAAACAAAAAUUCAUACAAGAUAUAUACAAGAAAAAAAUUCAUUACGUUUAUCAUGUUUACAUAAACCUAGUAAACGACGAAUAGCAAUUCGAUACAAAUGUGGAACAAUGACAAUAACAACAAAACAAUGGUAUAGAUUACAUUUAUGUUUUCAACCUAUUAUAGAAACACAAUUUCCGACUAUAACGAUAGCAAUGGCUGUAAACGAAGUAGCACGUCCAUGUCCUCCGGCAGUUGUUCGUGGUAGUCCAUGCGAAGAUCAAAUAGGUCAAUAUAUAACUGAUGUAAAUGGAUGUCAACGAAAAAUUUGUCCAUCACUUAGUAAAUUAUGUAAUACAAUUCGUUGUUCACCUGAGCGAGUAUGUCGUGUUAUUGCAUGUCCAUCAUGUAUUCAUACUGAUUAUCUUCUACCUGUUUGCGAAUAUCCAAGUAAAACUUCACUAUGUGGACUUCAAGGACAAUUAUUUUUAUUAAAUGAUUAUGUAUCAAUUGAUAGUUGGGAACGCGAAACAAUAGCUCUCAUUCAUCUAUAUGCUAGUGAACAAAGACAACGAAUAACAUUAACACGAGACUAUAUUUGA